AUUCUGGGAAGGUCGUCGACUGUGGUCAACGAUGACCAUUGCCAUUAGAAAUUUGACCAGAACUAUUUGGGUGAGCGUAAAAGAGGAUGAUUCGGUUGAUAGGAUUAUUGAAAAGAAAACGGUCAUAAAUCUACUUGUCGGAUUUGCAGUGGCCGUAAAGCAUUAUCUUCGCGAAGAAGAAGGAACUGAUCAUGAGGAUCUUAAAGGACUUAUCUCAAACAUAAGAUCAACCUUACCGGGUUUUGAACCACUAUCAGAACAAGGACAAAAAACUGACGAAACUCCUGAAAACCAUAGACCCCAUCAUCACAAACAUUAUCAUCUAAAUCAUCACCAUAACCUUGUGGUUAAUCACAACCUGCCGUUGGAAAUAACCUUACAUAUUUCUGCUUACAUUCAUUCCGUUGAUGUCAAUGUUCCAACCAAAAACACCUUGAUUCAAAAUCUUAAUAUGUUAGUGGAUUGUCUAUCAAACUUCGAGAGAAUUCUGAGAACACCAAUUCCUUUGGCUUAUUCAAUUCAUUUGAAUCAAGUCUUAUAUAUCUACUGCCUUAGUCUACCUUUUCAAUUGGUGUCAACCACUGGUUGGCCUACCAUCCCGGUCGUAUUUCUAGCCUCAUUCGUGUUGAUUGGUAUUGAACGGAUCGGCGUGGAAAUAGAAAAUCCUUUCGGUUAUGAUGAAAACGAUUUGGAGGUUGACGAUUUUUGCGGUAUAAUUAAAUUGGAAGUCAGCAAUAUUACAUCCCGUCCACCACCCAAGGUUCAAGAUUGGAUAUACUCCUCAGAAAAUCAUCCGUUCGAGAAUGAGAAAAACCUCAAUGCUAUUGACGCGAGAAACAAGGAUCUGGAUGAAGUUAGAUCUAUACUUUCGCAAAAAACAAGAAAUACCUCGGAGUUAACCCGCGAAGACUUAAAUGAAGAUAUUUCUAUAAAAGUUGAAGAUCGUAAUACUGAUGAAAAUGUUAAAAAU